AUGAAGCGUAUGGGCAAGAAGCAGGAACUGAGAAGAAACUUCCGUACCAUGUCGACUAUCGCCUUCACCAUCAUUCUCCAAGGAACCUGGGAGGUCCUCCUGACCGCGACAACAUCAGGCAUGGUCAACGGAGGUCUUGCAGGUCUGGUAUGGUCUUACAUCUGGACCUUCUUUGGUUUUACUUUUGUCGUCUUCUCGCUGGCCGAGAUGGCAUCCAUGUGCCCAACUGCUGGCGGUCAAUAUCACUGGAUCUCCGAAUUCGCACCCCCAUCUCAGCAGAAGAUUCUCAGUUUCCUUGGUGGUUGGAUGUCAACUCUCUCUUGGCAGGCUGGUACCGCAUCGGGACCUUACCUGGUCGGAACCUUGAUUCAGUCCCUGAUCUACGAGAAGGAUCCCAACUAUGGCUACGCCAACUGGCAGGGCACUCUUCUGGUCAUUGGUAUCACCCUUGUGGUCUGGGCCACCAACAUCUGGGGAUCUAGAGCGAUGCCUGUCUUCCAGAACAUAAUGAUGAUUGUUCACGUCCUUGGCUUCCUGGUCAUCAUUGUUAUGAUCUGGGUCCUUGCGCCUAGAAAUACUGCUUCUGAUGUCUUCGGCACCUUCACCAACUCUGGAGGCUGGAGUAGCAUGGGUCUCUCCCUCAUGGUCGGUCAGGUCUCGGCCGUCUAUGCUUGUAUCUGUUCCGAUGCAGCUGCUCACGUUUCUGAGGAGGUCAAGGAUGCCGGAAGAAACGUGCCUAGAGCUAUGAUCUGGUCAUACUUCCUGAACGGUGCACUCGGUCUUGUUUUCCUCAUCACCUACAUGUUCAGCGUUGUCGAUCUUUCCGGAGCCAUUGAUGAUGCCAACAACGGAUCAGGCUACCCUUACAUGUACGUCUUUACACAGGCAUUCUCGAUGCCCGCCUUCAACGUUCUCUCUGCCAUCGUCGUCAUCCUCAUCUACGCUGGUACUCUCUCUUACAACGUGUCGACCUCUCGCCAAACCUGGUCCUUUGCUCGCGACCGAGGCCUGCCUUUCAGCGACUGGAUCGCUAAGGUUGACCCUAAGCGUGAGGUCCCUAACAAUGCGGUCGCCGUUACUUGCAUGUUCACCAUCCUUCUCUCACUCAUCAACAUUGGAUCUGAUGCUGCUUUCAACGCCAUCGUCUCGCUCAACCUUACUUCUUUGAUGAUCACGUACGUCGUCAGUAUUGGCUGUGUCUUGUACCGCCGUCUUACCAACCCCGACUCUCUGCCCAAGUGCAGAUGGUCUCUCGGCCGCUGGGGUAUUCCUAUCAACACAUUCGCUGUCGUCUACUCCGGCUUUGUGUUCUUCUGGAUGUUCUGGCCUCAGACCACCUCCCAUGCUGCCGCCGACUUCAACUGGUCGGUACUCAUGUUCAUGGUCAUUCUAGUCAUCGCUGUUAUCGACUGGGUAUUCAGAGCCAGAAAGACUUACACUGGUCCCGUUGUUCUCGUUGAGGGAUACAAGGGCGAGUAA